AUGGUUGGCGUUGCGAUACCCCAGAUAUCAGGCACGGCCGAUUUGUCCCGUGUUGAAGCCCCAGUCACUUUCAAGGCCUACCUUCUCUGUGCCUUUGCCGCCUUCGGUGGGAUAUUUUUCGGAUAUGAUACGGGCUGGAUGUCGGGGGUGCUCGGCAUGCCCUUCUUCAUCUCACAGUAUACUGGACUAGAGUAUGACUACGAAGCUAAACGACCCAUCGGCGUGGACCCGAUCGACUUCGCACUCCCAUCUUCAACCAAGUCACUUAUGACGUCGAUUCUAUCCUGCGGAACGUUCUUUGGCGCCCUCAUUGCUGGUGAUCUUGCCGACUUCAUCGGCCGCCGGCCCACCAUCAUCAUCGGUUGUGUUGUAUUUUGCUUUGGUUGCAUACUCGAGAUCGCGUCGACGAACCAAGUCGCCCUCUUCGUUAUGGGCCGUCUAGUUUCCGGUUUGGGAGUUGGGUUCAUCUCGGCGACGAUUCUCCUGUACAUGUCGGAGGUUGCGCCAAGGAAAGUCAGAGGCGCGCUCGUGUCGGGGUACCAGUUUUGCAUCACCUUGGGGAUUCUGCUGGCAAACUGUGUGUCGUAUGCCACGGCUGACCGGAACGACACCGGCUCGUACCGCAUCCCAGUGGGUGUGCAAUUUUUGUGGGCGAUCAUAUUGGGGGUUGGAUUGUUCAUUCUCCCGGAAUCUCCGCGUUUUCAUGUUAUGAAGGGGAUGAUCAACGCUGCCGCAUAUGACCUGUCGCUUGUUCGCGGCCAGUCGAUAGAUUCCGAGUACAUCAAGGACGAACUCGCUGAAAUUGUGGCCAACCACGAGUAUGAAAUGCAGGUGAUCCCGCAAACGAGCUACAUCGGAUCAUGGAUGGCCUGCUUUCAAGGGAGUCUGUCAAAGGGGAACAGCAACUUGCGGCGUACAAUCCUCGCCUCUGGAGUGCAGAUGAUGCAACAACUCACAGGAGUCAACUUCAUCUUCUACUUUGGCACCACCUUUUUCCAGCGGCUCGACACGAACAACAACCCCUUUUGGGUUUCUCUCGUCACCACUCUCGUUAACGUGGUCUCCACUCCCUUCUCCUUCUGGGCCAUCGAAUACAUCGGUCGGCGUCCCCUUCUCAACUGGGGCGCGGCUGGGAUGAGCGUCUCCCAGCUGAUCGUUGCCAUCGUCGGCGUUACCGCCGGCCGACCCGAUGUCCCCCACAACGAAUCCGCCACCAAGGCCAUGAUCGCGUUCAUUUGCAUCUACAUCUUCUUCUUCGCAUCGAGCUGGGGACCCGUCGGGUGGGUGUUGGUGGGCGAGUGUUUCCCGCUGCCGAUCCGGUCGCGUGGCGUGGGCAUCUCGACGGCGGCGAAUUGGUUCUGGAACUGUAUUAUUGCGGUGAUUGCGCCGUAUAUGGUGGGCCACGAGCCUGGAUCGGCGGACUUAGGCCCGCGGGUGUUUUUCAUUUGGGGGUCGCUGUGCAUUCUGUCACUUGUGUUUGCGUAUUUCCUGGUGCCUGAGACGAAAGGGCUCACGUUGGAGCAGAUUGACAUCAUGAUGGAGGAGUCAACGCCUCGCGAGUCGGGCCGGUGGAAGCCGACGAGCACGUUUGCGGCGCAGAUGGGUAGGUCCGUUUCGACCAUCCUGGUGUCGUGCAAACAGACCCGGUUCCAUAUUGAAAGCCCUAAUUACCGCGAGCUAGACAUUGAGGGUCUCAAUAUCACAGUUACGUCUAGUACCGGGGACAAGCCGAAAGGCAAAGGCAAAGGGAAAGCCGCGGCCGAAGGAACGGAGAUAUUGAACAAUGCAAAGCUGCGGUUAAAAGCGGGGAGCCGAUACGCCCUGGUGGGGAGGAAUGGCUCAGGAAAGUCAACACUCUUACGGGCGAUCGCCGAGAAACUCAUUCCUGGCAUCCCGGAGCAGACUCGGGUGUCUAUUCUACAACAAACCAAUCUGAGCGACGCAAAUACAGAUACGGUCCCGGCCGCAUCGCUGCCCGCAGAAGGCGAUGGGCCCACCGUGCUCGAGGAUGUGGUAGACAAAGCCACGGCGAAGAGUGAUCUCGAGCAGGAGAUCAACUCACUCUCCGCGGGGGUAAACGGCAAUGACCCGUACGGUGCCCUUCGAUCACUGCGUAAACUUCGCCAUGGGCGUAUGGAAAAGCGGCUGUUUGUUCUCGAUAAGGAUGCAAGGUUGCGGAGUGGCGCGAGAGGGUUACAGGCACGCAAGGCCCUCGUCGAGUACGAGAAGGCCAUUGCCCAGUCUGCCGCAUUAAAUGAACAAACAGCUGAUGAAAUCUCGCCUGAAACUCUCGCAGCAGAGACACAAGAAGCGAUCGAUAUGCUUGCUGACCUCCAAAUCCAAGUUGAGCCCUCUCGCCUAGCCGACAUUGAGUCGCGGGCUAAGAAGAUCUUGACUGGUCUGGGGUUUACUGAAGCCUACAUGACGAAAAAGGCCGAUAGCCUUUCAGGUGGCUGGCGCAUGCGGAGUGCUCUUGCUACCGCACUCUUACAGGAAACUGACAUUCUCAUCCUCGACGAGCCCACCAACUUUCUCGACCUCCUGGGCAUUAUCUGGCUGCAGCGUUUCCUCCAGAGCAUCGAGGACCUCCCUACCCCCCCAACCCUCAUACUCGUCUCUCACGAUCGCGACUUUGCCGGCUCCGUGUGCACUGACCUGCUCAUUCUCAAGGACAAAGACCUGACGUACUUCCACGGCGAUCUACCAACCUACGAGUCUGCCCGGGCCGAAAAGAAACAGCACCUCACCAAGAUGAAGGAAGCUCAGGACAAGCAAAAGGCGCACAUGCAAGAGUCCAUCCGCCAGAACCUCGUCCAGGGCCGCAAGAACGACGACCAGAACAAAGUCCGCCAGGCCAAGUCCCGCCAGAAACGCCUCGAGGAUCGCAUGGGCAUGCAAGUCAACGAGAAGGGCGGCCGUUUCAAGCUCAAUCGCGAUCUAGCCGGCUAUCACUUUUCCGCCCGCGCCGAAAUCGCCAUCCCCCAAGACGAGCGUGGCGUCUCUCUGUCCCUGCCCGACCCGCCCGACCUGCGCUUUCCCGGCGCCCUCCUCUCCCUCGAGAAAGUCACCUUCCGCUACCCCCCUCCCAAAGGCUCCACCACCAAACCCAACCCCACACUCCAAAACAUCACCCUCACCAUCAGCGAGGGCGACCGCGUCGGCAUUCUCGGACUCAACGGCGCCGGCAAAUCAACCCUCAUCCGCCUCCUCGUCAACGACCCGUCCACUCCACCCCCAGCCCGGUCCCAACUCACAGGCACGAUAACCGCCCACCCCCGCCUGAAAAUGUCCUACUACUCCCAACACGCCGUCGAAGCUCUCCAAACCCUCGGCCACGCCGACCCGGCGCUGACCGCGCUCGCGCUCCUCACCGCCGAAGUCGACGGCGCCCUCAACGAGGGCGAGCUGCGCGGCUUGCUUGGCUCGCUCGGCCUGCCGGGCCGGCUCGCGUCCGAAGUGCCGCUGCGCAAGUUAUCCGGUGGCCAGCUGGUGCGGUGUGAGCUGGCGCGGUUGUUGUGGCGGCGGCCGGGGCUGCUGGUGUUGGAUGAGGUGACCACGCAUUUGGAUUAUGAGACGGUGGCCGCGCUGCGGGAGGCGUUGAGGGCGUGGAAAGGGGCGGUGGUGUUGGUGUCUCACGACCGGUGGUUUAUGAGAGGGGUUGUGGAGGGUGUUGUGGAUGAGGAAGAAGGGGAUGAGGAGGAGGAGAGUGACGAGGAAAGUGGGGAAGAAGCGUUGCGGAGAAGGACGGUGUUUAAGUUAGCAGCGGGGAAGUUGACAGUCUUGGAGAGGGGGGUGGACCAGUUCGAAGAAGGGAUGGAGAAGCGGGUGAAGAAGUUGCUGAACGGUUAG